AGCAGCGUCGCGCCUGCCGUGUCGCUCGGGCCUUGAGCAGGUGGUGGCCGCAACAGGUGAGUGGAAGUGCCGAAGACCAGCAGCGGACUGCAGAAAGUCGGCCGCCGCACCAGCUGUAGCAGCCGCGCCACACCGCACCACUCGGGCUUACAGCAGGCGGCAAGAUGGCGGUGUUCGUGGCGGGCAUCGCGGGCAUAAUCGUAUUCUACCUGCUGGUGCUGGCGGUCGGAAUCUGGGCAGGCAGCCGGCGGAAAGGUGACGGCGACGACGACUUCAUCCUGGCGGGCCGCAGCAUCGGCCUCUACAUUGGCCUUAUCACCUUCAUCGCGACGUACGUGGGCGGCGGCUACAUCAACGCGACCACGGAGGCCAUGUUCGACACGGGCCUCGCCUGGUGCCAGGUGCCCUUCGGCUACGGCCUGAGCCUUAUUCUCGGUGCGUUGCUGUUCGUGCGGCCGAUGCGUGCCGCGCAGUACGUGACGAUGCUGGACCCCCUGCAGCAGCGCUUCGGCAGCCGCGUGGGCGGACUGCUGUACAUUCCCGCCCUGUGCGGGGACCUCUUCUGGGUGGGCGCCAUCCUCAACGCGCUCGGCUCUUCUCUGGAGGUGAUCCUGGGACUGGACCGUGUGACGUCGGUGACGGUGAGCGCCGUGUUCGCCGCCGCCUACACCAUGGUGGGGGGCCUGCUCAGCGUCACCUACACCGACGUGCUGCAGCUAAUCUUCAUAGUCUUCGGCCUUGUGCUGUCGGCGCCGUUUGCGUACUCGCACCCCGCCGUCGACCAUUCUGCCGUAGCGUCCGCUGAUUGGCUGGGCUCUCUCAAACAGGAGGACAUCGGCGAGUGGACUGACCUGUUGCUCAUGAUGAUCUUCGGCGGGCUCUCCUGGCAGGGCUACUUCCAGCGCGUGCUGUCGGUGAAGACGACGUGCGCAGCGCAGACGCUGUCUCUGGGCUCGGUGGUGGGCUGCAUGCUGCUCGCCAUACCGCCCGCCUUCAUCGGCAUCAUCGCCAGGGCCACAGAUUGGCAGGCAGUCGAAGACGUCGCCAGGAACAUUACGUCGGUGGAUAAGGAGCUGGUUCUGCCGCUGGUACUGCGGUACCUUACACCCAGCUGGGUGGCGUUCUUCGGUCUUGGGGCAAUAUCGGCAUCCAUUAUGGCCUCCGCAGAUUCCAGCAUUCUCGCUUCCAGUUCCAUGUUCUCCAGAAACAUUUACAAGCUAGUCCUGAGGACUCAGGCCUCGGAGCGAGAGAUGGUGUGGGUGCUGCGCGUGUCCGUGGUGGUGAUCACCGCCAUAGCGGCGCUCAUCGGGCUCACCGCGGGCAGCAUCUACUACCUGUCGGUGCUGUGCUCGGACCUGGUGUACGUGGUGCUGUUCCCGCAGCUGUUCCUCGCCGUGCACUGCCCCAGACUGGUCAACAAGCACGGCUCCGUGGCCGCCUUCGUCGUGGGAAUCGUCCUCAGGCUGCUCUGCGGCGAGCACGGGCUGGGCCUGCCCGCGGCGCUGCACCUGCCGGGCUUCGAGGCGGAGACCGGCCGGCAGCGGUUCCCGUUCCGCACGCUGACCAUGUUGGCGGCGGCCGCCACGCUGCUGGUGGUGAGCGCCGCGGCGCGCCUCCGCCGCCCGUCUGCCGGCUUCGCGGACGCCGCCGCCCUCAAGCCGCCUCCGCCGGGGGCUCCGGCCGCCGACAAGCUGGGCCUCGACAACCCGGCCGCCGCCGACGUGCUCGCCAGCGAGAAGACCAGCCGCCUCUGAGCGUCUGUCGCCGAGCCGCUACCUGGCGUAAGCCGGUCACCCUGAGACACUGCCUGGGAAAAGCAAAUCAUGCCCUGUGAAAAUUUAGAGGCGGGUCUGUUUGCGGAGGACGCACUCAAUCUGGUACAGCACCUACGACAGCAAUUUAUUACAAAUCCUUCCCAUAGAAAAUUUACCACUGUCACCUCGGUAUUGGGCCAUAUCGCGUCCUACCGGACCUUAACAUCCGAAUAGCCCUCUACCAUUGUACUAUCAUUCAUGGCGCAGUUGUACAUGUGAACUGAUGAGAUACUGUGUACCUACUUUCUUAAAUGUAAUUCUGAUUACUGCUAUGGCCGAAACGCGUUGAGAUGUACUUUCUUUAAAACGCUAAAGAUAUAUUAGCAAUAAAGGCGGACGAUUAUAUUGACUAGUGAUAAAACGUUUUUAUGUCAUUUAUAGGCACUCGAAAAGAUGGCAAAAUUCUGCAAAUUUUACAGACCUCGGGUCAUCCCUGUAUGUAGCUUGUCCCACCAAAGUGAUAGGCGAGGUGUAGGUUCUUGUUCUUGUUGGCUGAAAUGGAUUGCUACUGUAUGUGACUCGGAUGUCAGGCUGAAGCAGAUUAUUGACAGAAGGAAUCGGCAUUACAGAAGGUAUGCCAGCUGUUGUAUUCACAACUAACAAAAAAGGUGUCGUGUGGAUCCUAGUCCGGUGCGGGCCUCUCAAUUUGACGCUUUUUCGGUGAGUGUGCAUACGAAGGUCGCCGAUUUUUUGUUCAAGUAGCUUCUCCUUUAGCUGACUGUGAGUUGCUCUCGUUUUCGAGAAGUCUAUUUGGGUGGCUCGUCAAUAUUUGAAAAAAAGUCACAAUUCAAACCACGAAGAGCUGCUGGUGAAAUAAACCGUCAAUAACUUCCAGUUUCUAUCAAUCCACCAUAGAGUGCGAGGAUUAUUUAACCGUGCGCUGACAUGAAGCAGAAGAAAAAAUUGCUCACGAAAGGCAAGGUUCCUCUUUCGAGUCCUUGUCAACUACAAAGUUUUAAUCGGCCUGGAAAUUUCAAAUCAUCAGAGACAGCUAUGAUGAGUGAAAGGUAAACUAUGGUAAUAACCACGUCUUUGUCCUUUGUCCCAUGUAGAAAGUGUCGUGUGCUGCCCAUGUUCUUCUCUAGCGUGACCUGUAUCUAUAAAGUUGUGCAUUUCGUAUUGUGUCUUCACAGGGUACCAUCUGCUUUUCCUAGGCCCGCUACCCGGAUACCCGUGAUAUCCGUGUACUGAUUAUGUACAAUGCGUAAUUGAUGCCUUGACACGAAAGGUACUACCGCGUCAAACAUGUACAAUGCGCACCUGUUCCAUGAUAUCUCGCGAUUACGGUACUUUUUUGUCUACAAGGGCACUGCUCACUUUGAAUGUACAGAAGAUUAAGAUACAGAGGCCGGACAGUAUUACAAAAGACUGUGUAUGUGUUAUGAUAUUUCAUAUUUUAAACAAACGUUGAUUUUUACAUAACUUUUACAUAAUAUUUGCAUCCCCUUUUUGUAUUGAAAAGUAGAACGCCACACCACGAAUCUGGCCUUUAACUUUUGAAACAGAAGUUGCUGUAUGAAAGCAAAUCUUUAUUAUGAUUUUGAAAUUUCGCACACAAAUGUAUUGGUGCAGUGUGCAGGCAUUUUGCCAUACGUAGAUUCCAGUUCUGGAAGAAUUCGUUCGUGACGCACCGCAGGCGGAAAGCACGUAUAUUGAUAGUUCCAGCAAUUUAGCUGAUACCAUUAAGACCCACUUUCCCAUUGAUUGGCACACAAAAAUAAUGAAAUAGUUAGCGUGAUUGGCAGGGUACUUCAUUUAACCAUGCAUAACAUGUACAUAUAUUACACGAGUGAGAGGUCACGUAAAAACCUGUCAUAUCAUUUGUUUAAGUUUUUCCUGGUUUAGCUUCUUUAAUGCCCUAAGUUGAUUUUAUGUAAAUACCGGAAAAUGUUAUUCAGUUGCUCUUCAGGUUAUGGUGAUCUCUAUGAAACUGCUACUCACACAGAGCAGCAGCUGAAAUGGGGAGCAGCGUGCACUAUAGAGCUCCGGAUGUUAAGCAGGCACGUUCUGCAAGGUGCUUAUAAACAACUAAUCUCAAUCAUUAACGGACGCACCGCCUCUAUUGAUAUCACUGCAUACAACAAGUACUUAGCUCUUGGCAAACUGCACAUCACUCUCCUGGGACUUCUAAAUGCCUGUAAAUCAUCAAAUGUGUUGUGUCUGUACAAAUUCUUGUAAAUCGAUUCAUGUAAAAAGGUAAACUAAGAAAAGAUAUCAGAUGUCAGCAUACGGACCAUUUUUCUUACCACCAGGAAGCAAUUUUUUUAUUAUCCAAACGUUUGGGAAAGUGUAUGAAUUCUAAAGUGAAGUACGUGCUAUAAACUGACAAAACGUGGAACGCUUCCAACUAAAAGCCGUCCAUUCUGAAGUCUCAAUGUGGUACCUGACAGAGAAGAUUUGAAAUGUGUUUUGUUGAUUGUUAAUAAUAAAUGGUUUUGAACACA